GCGCAGGUCACGUGGCCGCGUUGGGAGAAGAGUCUCCGCACGCAUGCGCGCGCAGGCCACGUGACAGCAGUAGGUGCCAACCUACGCGCGCAUGCGCGAGCCUGAGGAAUUCGAGCUACGACGCACACGAGUGACCUGUCUCUCUCCUUCUCCGUCCUUCGUGCCCGCGUAUACAUUCGUCUCCGUUUCGAGUGCAGAAGGUGCAGCCUUCGGAGGCGGGCUUCGAAUCUGGGAGCGCGCGGGAGAGACCCUUUCUGUCACCGCUGCCGCCAGCCAGCCCUGCCAUUCCCACCACCACCGCCAGCGUCGUCGCAGCAUCCAUCCGUCCCUCCGCCGCGGCUUCAAAACCUGUCGGUCUGCAUUCCAGUGCCGCCGCCGGUGAAGCCGCCAAGCAGCAGCGGGGCCUCGUCGCCGAAGCGUCGUCUCGUCGUCGCGUGUUCCUCGCCGUUUCCUACCCGCAUCCGGAGCAGAGCGUCGUGUGUUCUCUCCGCGUUGGGAAAGAGGAAAAGAAAAAAAAGGGAAGAACACACGAAUGUGAACGAUGAAGUAACGAAACGAGAGAGAAAGAAAGACGAAGCGGGGGCCCGCGACCACAAAGGAACACACGGCCCAGCGUCGCCGGGACUUUUUUUUCCUGCUCCUCGAAGAGACGCGAGAACGACGUGUGUGUGCCUCUGUUGUUCCGGAUUAUAUAUUUAUAUAUUAUUAUUGCACGAAGGAGCAACGCGAUUCCUCUUUUUCGGCGUCUACUCGGAGAAAAAGGAAUGUGCCAAGAUGACAUCUAUCUUCCCUUUACGUGGCAUCAUUGUUAUCCUACUUUACGGCCCAAUCGCAUACAUAUGCGGGCAGAAACAGGAAUUGAAAAAAGGGUCCGAUUUUUAUUUUAACAGACACCCACAGCCUCUGGCCGCUCCGUUAAAUGACGAUGUAAAUUUCGAGUGCAGUGUUGCUGUCCCCGCGGAUAAAUUCGCGUGGCAUCACAGGCCCCUGAAUUCAAACAAAUGGAUACCGCUGUCUCAAAAUUCCACGAGCAGCAAAACGUUGUCGCGAUACAUUGUCAAUUUCGACAACGAGUCAAAGGCCGGAGAUUAUCGCUGUAUCGCGUUCUUUGGGCCGUCUGGUUUAGUGUCAGAUCCAGCAAAAUUGACCCUCGCGACGAUGCAAAAAUUCUCCGAUAAAAACGACGUCAUCAUCCAAGUAGCAGAAGGUAACACCGUACCCAUCACCUGUCCUGUACCGUAUUGCGAACCGGAAGCUAUAGUGCAAUUUUACAAGAAUGGCGUACUCAUAAAGAAUGCAGAUCUGGUGAAUAGUAAGACGAUGAUCAUCAAGAAUGUCAGAUCCACGGACAGCGGAUUUUAUAGUUGCAGCGCAAACAAUUAUAUAACUCAGCAGAUAUUCGAGAGUAACUAUAAAACAGUUUUGACGGUAUCCGCAAACACGACUGUUAAAGGGCCAACUUUUAUAAAGCAACUGCAAUCGGAGUACAUAGUUAUGAAGAACAAAAACAUUACGUUGGAAUGUUUCGCCGCCGGAUAUCCAGUGCCGCGCAUCACCUGGAGUCGUCUAGGCAGCUCUUUACCGCUGAAGUCGAUAAAGUCGCCCACCGGUCUGACGAUUAUUAGCGCGCAGCUGUCCGAUCGUGGGGAGUACCACUGUGUAUGGGAUAAUACCAUCCAACAGAUUAAGUCUGUGUUUAUCUUGAGGGUCGUAGACUCACCAAAAGUUACAAAGGCCCCCAAAGGAGGCUUUUUUUCCGAGGGCAGUGAAUUGGAGUUCUCGUGUAACGUGACGGGUGAGCCAGAACCGAGUGUCGAGUGGCUUAUUAACGGAAAAUCCUUGAAAUCUAACAAGAAUCAGGAGAUCAAAGGCUCCACUCUUCUUUUAUCCGAAGUUCAGAAGAAGCACGCCGGGAUUGUUCAAUGUGUCGCCAGUAAUGAAUACGGAUCGCAUUCGGGACAUAACUUAUUGAUUGUCAAUCCGAGGCAGCAUGAUUCCGAGAUGAUGUCAAGGCAUAAACAUACCAGGGGUGGUAGACGCAGAAAUAAAGAGGGAAGAAAGAAGGGCGCAGUUUUGGUACCUCCAACGCAGCCCAACGUCACAAGACUAUCCGAUAUUUCCGUCAUGGUGCGAUGGUCGGUGCCGGAAAACAACGGUUUGCCGAUACAAUUUUUUAAAGUUCAAUACCGAGAACUUGGGCCGAAAAUGAUUGGCAAACAGGCAAAGUGGAUGACGGCCAAUUCCGAGAUACCGAAUCAUGUGCGAUCUUUCGAGGUGACCGACUUGCAGUCCGAUCAUACCUAUCGAUUUAGGAUCGCUGCGGUAUACUCGAACAACGAUAACAAAUUGAGCCCAAAUUCUAUCCGUUUCCAUCUAAAUAAUACGGGGGGCACCGAGAGCGAUAAAAUGCCGAUACCUUUAUUGACUAAUACCGAAGCACUAGGACCGCAUCAAGUAUUAUUGAUGUGGCAGAAUUCCGACAAAUCCGUGAAAAUUGACGGAUUCUACAUAUACCAUCGGCCUUCCACUACAGCCGGCGAAUAUCUCAAAACCACCGUUGAGGGAAAAGAUGCUUACAACAUGACCAUUUGUCACUUACAAUCUGAAACUGUCUACGAGUUCAAGAUCCAGAGUUUUUCCGUAGAUGCGGCAUCGGAAUUUUCCCAAAUAUUACGACAGAAAACUGGAAAAAGCAUCGAGGAACAUCCGGUUCAGCAAGUGAUAGCGGAAAAUAAAGUGAAACCGAAAAUAUCAAGCGAAAAUAUCAAGAGUGUCAAUAUACAUGUUAUAAUCGGUGGAGUAUUUGGAGGAGCUGUGAUUUUAGUCGCUCUUGCCUUUGCAGCGGGAUGUUUAUACAAAAGAGUAAAGUAUAAACAAAAUCAAGAAUCGCAAAGUGAAGGUAAACCGAUAACAAAUGGACGAGUGAUGAAUGGUGGAGUUACAGAUUCCAAAAUUAACAUCACGUCUAAUCCGCUCGCUGGUCUCGAUACAUCCGAAGAUAUGCAGCCUAAGAGCGGACAACAGUCGUCGAUGGAAAUGACGUCGUUUCUAAACGGCCAAAACAACAACGGCAGCAACAACGGACACAACAACGGUGAUGCAGCUGGAUCUGACGUAAACGUCACGUCGCAUAGCGAGCCGCCGUCUCUGCGCCAAGGGUCACUGCCUAUCGAACAACGUUUGUGAGAAUGUAUCGCAGCUAUGUCUUUGUUUUAUAGACGGUAAGAUCUUGUGACUUGAGGACCUCGUGCGCGAAAAAGAAAGAACCGGACGCCGAUAAUCGCAUGAACCUUCAAUGAAUUCUAUUUUAUAAUAUGGAACGCACAAGAGAACACACGACUUAUAUCUCGAUGAGAAACUUAACUUAUAGGCUGUAUUUAGAUAUAUUGCAAUGAAGAGACUGUUGCAAGACAUUUACAGGGUGUCUUUAAUUAAAUAUGCUCAAAUGUGUAUCAUUGUUGUAAAUUGGGAUUAACUUGGCGUGAUUUUUGCAUGCACAUAAAAUAUGUACUAUUUUACUAUUUACAUGUUAUUGUUACUAUUUACAUGUUCUUUGCUAAAUUCAAUAUUUUUUUUAUAUUAAAUAUAAUUAAUUAUUGAUGCAAUAUGUUGAGCAGAGAAGUAUUUUUCUUACAUUUCUUACAUCAAUCAAUCAAUGUAAGAUUAAUUUAUCAAUAUUUUGAUAAUAUUAACAAUAUAGUCAAAAUAGUCCCAUUUUACAGUAUAUAAGACUAUAAAGUAAAUGAUCUGAUUGCAUCUUAUGAUAUAUUCUUUGUCUUCUUUUUUUUAUAUAAAAAAGAAUUAUUAAGGACUUUGUCUGUUAAGUAGGCAUGAAUUCAAUUUUAAUGUACCUGCGCAAAGUAAUUGAUUUAACUAUUACACAUAUCUACUUAAUGGUCAUAAACUAGUGAGCAUUGAACAAUUUAGAUUUUUAUAUCUCUUUUACAGGCAACUUUUGAAAAAGAUUUUUACUGAAAGGUAUAUAUGAAAUACUAUGCAUUUGGAAUACACAAUACGUACAAUUAUGUUAACUUUUAAAAUCAUCAAUGUUGAGAAAAGAACGUAGUGUCACUUUACGACAGUUACUAUAGAAGUAUCUUUUUAAUGAAUAAUGAAUAUAAUGAUUGAGUCAUGUAUUGUUAACAUUAUUAUGUAUGCCUGUUAUUUUUAUGUUUUCCUAGCUGCACUAGAGAUUAAAUAAUUUAUUAACGUCAUUUGUGACUAAUGCAAUAUUAUUGUCAUAAUAUUUUAGUGACGAUAAUUUGUUAUCAAAAUUAUCUAUGAAAUAUUAUGUUAUGAGGAAAAAGCGAUAAAAAAUAAUAAUAUAGCUUGAUAAUUGAUAUAUUCACAUAGCAAGAAAAAGACGAAAAUUGUAAAUACAAUUGUAUAAAAUUUUUUUAAUGAAUUAUUUAAUGUUUGGCUUAUUAAAGUCCUGCAAUCACAUUUGUGAAUCGAUAAAGCUAGUGAAAAUAUACAUUGUACAUACUAGGAUAGUUUUUAAACGAUACGAAUGAACAUAUGUGCCUUAUAUCUUGCCUGAGAAUAAUAAUAAAAAAAAGUAAUUAUUUA